CCAUUCGACAAAUUUGCUGUCACGUUCUGAUUUGUCAGAAAAUUUUGCCAAAGAGAAUUUUCUCACGAAAUUCGCGGAUUUUUCCAUGGUUGAAGGGCACUCGAAGGUCUGGAAGUGGCUGAAAAGGGUACCUGUGGAUGUGAUCUGGACAUAAAGUGUAGAGUGGGGUGUGUUGGAUGCAAUUGUUUGGGUGAUUUUUGCGUUCAAAGAGAAAUGAACUUGAUAUGACGUGUUGUCUGCAACGAGAACCUCCAAAAGAAUUUCCAUAUGUCAGACGUAAAAUCUCCAGAAGCUGAUAAAAUAACUGAUACACCAAGUGGAGAUACAGCUGAGACUGUAGGGAGGAAUGUAACAGCUCAGAAUCCAGAAGCACCAAAAGCCUCGAGGAAAUACCACAGAAAUAUGAUUAUUUACUAUGGAAAGGAGGUAAUCUGUAUAAUUGCAUUAAUUCUGACCACGUAUGCAACCUUGCAGAACAAUGCAACUCGAACUUCAAGACCACCAAGUCCUAGGCACUUCUUCUCUCCCGGAUCCCUGGUUAGUGACUCCCCGGAUGGUCGUUUGGGACCCACGCAAACCCGUGUGACUCUCUCGGAGCUCUCUCUAGUCCUCUACUAUGCUCCCUGGUGUGCCAAUAGUCAGAGAGCCCGAGAAGCUUACGAACAUGCUGCCAGGCUCUUCUACCGCGAAGCUCACUUUGCUGCCAUCAAUUGCUGGCAGCCGGGCGGAGAAUGCCGGCUGCAGUACUCCAAAGUGCAAUCCUGGCCAGUACUGAUGGCCUACAUGCCCGGAGGUAUCGCCGUGCAAUACAAUGGGCAGUGGAUGCCCAAGAAUCUGGUCAAGUUCGUUCGCUCUCUCAUUCAACCCAUUCAGCGUCUCAGUGCUCCCAAUGAUCUUCUGAAACUACUGACCGGGCAUGACGCUGUUGUUGUGGCUUUUGUUAAUUUGGAGCGGCAUCAAAAGGCCUUCCAGAUCUUCUUUCAGACGUCCGUUAAAUUCCUGGAAAGGGAUCCCGUGCGCGAUAUGCUCUUCGCAGUUGUCACUGGAGAUUCUGCUAAGGCUUUUGGGGUGGAUACUGUGCCAAGCGUCCGACUGUAUCAAUGGAAUGAGACUCUGGAAUACUUCAAUUCCACGUGGACUGUGCCAAAUAUCACUUCAUGGAUACUCGAUCACAAUCAACAAGUAACUCUCUGGAUUUCCCCUCCGGGCAUUAAAUCCAAGACAUUUUCGGAGUACGUUAAACAGGGCGCAGCUUUGCUCUUUUUCACUCCUCGAAAUUUCUAUUGGGACUGGACUGAUGGGUACACAAUGAUGAGGCAAUUGGGAAUGGAGUACUACAAUUGCUUGAGUGACAAAUGGAUUGUUGAGAUGUCGCGGGAAUUUAUGAAAGAUCAACGAAAAGCUAAUCAAAAGAGUCACAUGGAGUUGAGGGCAAAGUGCAAGGAGCUCUUGAGGACAUUCCAACGAAAUGGACCAUUUAUGCGUAAAGCACAGGUUCCACGCCACCGUUCGAUUUCUGUGCACUUUGUCAAUGUUCUCAACAGCAGCAAGCAUGUUGAGAAUGAUCUUUUGCGCGACAUUUGUGACAUUGGUGAAGAUAGUCUGUCAAAGUAUGCAAAUCCGGAAGUUUCUUCUUGCCAAGCUGAAAAGAAACAUUGCGAGGAUGAUUUUCUGGAGGAACAGCCCAGUCAUCACAUGUUCUCCUCCAUGAAUUCCUUCGACAAGCGCAGUCCGGAGAAUCUCCGGAUUCUGGGACAGAGAAAACAAUGUGAACUUCUCUAUCACGGAGAAUUGCUGCACGAAGGGAUCUUCUUCAACAGCAGUCAACCGGAGAACAUUGAAGGAAUCUCCGGACUGGCCUGUAAGUACAACAAGACUAUGUCCUUCAUCGUUAUCGACAGCUUAACGUAUCAUCCAUUUGCUGAGCGACUGGGAGUAGAUGUCUUAGCCCAAAAAGACAAAAGUGCAGUGCUUAUCAUUGACCCUGAGAAUGAGUCAACUUUUUUCAUGAAAGAGGAAAUAUCUUUGCGAAAUAUCGUGCAAUUUGUAAAGAAUUUCUAUCAGAGACGCCUAAAUCGGCAUCUUAAGACAUCAGAUGCCCCCUCGAAAUUCACCCACAAAUACAGUGGUGCGACUGGUGUUCCCAAUGUUACACAGGUGAAUUUCGAGGAGGUUACAGCGAGGAACUUCCUCGAGAGUGUGAUGGAGUCCAAGAGCACGGAUAUUGUGCUGUUUACGUCCACAAAUUGUGCCUUCUGUACGAUGAUGUCACAGAAUGUGCUUCAAGUGGCACGGAUUCUCAGGGAAAUUCCCCAAUUGCGCUUUCUCAGCAUUGAUGGGGAUACAAAUGACCUGCCGUGGCAGUAUCAGAUGGAAUAUUUUCCCUCUCUGAUUGUCUUUCCCGGUGACAGGAAAGCCGAAUCGCGCAUUUUUCCCACAAAUCUGCCUGUGACUGUGCAGAAUAUCCUGAGCUUUGUGGUGGCCAAUCUCAACAGGGUGCAUCGUCUGAGGGCCAUUGUUCUGGCGUGCAGAGCAUCCAAGAAAAUUCCCUCUCUGGGGCACUGUAUUGAGGUGUUGAGGGUUGAGGUGGAGGAUGGGAUCUCGGAGAGUUUACGCCAAUGGAGAUUGAGACCGCAUCGGCGCUCCUCCAUUCUCAGACGAUUGCAACUUCUGCGGGAAUUGUACUUGCAUUUGUACAAGACAAAUCAAUUCUGUGAUUUUAAGCAAUUAGAACACUUUGUGAGGCGAAUUGUUAAAAUUUGGAGUUGAUGUAACUAUGUAUUCUUUGUUAUGCUGUUGCCUGAAAAUGAUGUGAAUGAAAGAGAAUAAGACAUUUAAUUCCAAAUGA